AAAGAAAAAAUUUUGUCGCUUGCCUUCUUCCAUCAUCAGGAGAGUGAAACGCGUCAUCAAAAAUUAAAUUAGUUAAUCUAAAUACAAGUGGUUGUAUAUUGUUAAAUUGCUACUUGUUUAGGUUACAGUAGAUUAUUAUUAUAUAUAGUGGUUAUUUGUUUGGUUUUUAGGAAGCUAAAUAUUAUUAUUUUACACCCGAUCAAAGUAUUGUUGUGAAGAGAUAAAUACCUAGUAACAAUGAAAAUGACAGAUGAAUAUGACCUUUCAGAUAGUGAUGAUGAAAUGAUGCAAGAUACUGAGGAAGAUAGAGGUUUCAGUGCUGAAGAAGAGAGAAAGCUUGCUUUAAGACAACAGGAAUUGGAUGAAGCAGCUCAAUAUUAUGAACCAAUCGAUGAAUCAAAGGAAGGUGUCUAUCAUGUCAAAUCAUUUGAUGCCAAUACUGAAAAAGUGAGAUGGAAGGCUGACUUUUCAAAAAUGGCACAAAAGCAAUAUUCUCCAACAUUUACUAUUGCUGGAAAUCAUGAAUUUAGAUUACUUGUUUUCCCAAGAGGUAAUCAAGUACCUUGCAUCAGUCUUUAUCUUGAUACCAAUAACUCACAAGAAAUCAAAUUGGUUCGUUUCCAAGUUUCAAUUUUGAAUCAAAAGGAUAUCAGAGAGUCACACUCACAAGAUGCUGAGAAAAGAUAUGGUCCAAAUGAUGUCGAUUGGGGCUUUAAAGAAUUUAUUGAAUUGAAAAAAGUCAACCCAGAUGUAGGAUUCAUAUCUACUAGUGGAAUUGUAUAUUUUGAAAUGGUUAUCCACAUCUGUACUCAACCAUAUCUUAUUGAUCCAAUUUCUUAUGAUUCUAGAAAGGAGACAGGUUUUGCUGGCUUGCAAAAUCAAGGUGCUACUUGCUAUAUGAAUUCUCUUCUUCAAACAUUGUAUCUAUUAACUUAUUUCAGAAAAUCGGUUUAUAAAAUGCCAAUCGACGAAAAUGAAAAGCCUCAAGAUAGUAUUCCAUUGGCAUUGAUGAGAGUUUUCUUUAGAUUACAAUUUGAUAAAGGUGCUGUGGAUACUAAGGAACUUACCAAAUCAUUUGGUUGGGAUACUAUAGAUUCCUUUUUACAACAUGACGUUCAAGAAUUUGCUAGAGUUCUGAUUGACAAUUUGGAAAAGAAAAUGGAAAAGACUGAUCAAAAGGAAGUUAUGAGACAAAUUUUUGAAGGAAUGUGUAAAAAUUAUAUCAAAUGUAUCAAUGUUGAUUAUGAAUCAUCUAGAAAGGAACCUUUUUAUGAUUUGCAACUCAACGUUAAGGGAUGUAAAAAUGUAGCUGAAUCUUUUGAUCAAUAUAUUUUGGAAGAAACUUUGCAAGGAGAAAACCAAUAUCAAGCUGAAGGACACGGUUUGCAAGAUGCUAAGAAGGGUACUAACUUUUUGAAAUUACCACCAGUUUUAAUGUUGCAUUUGAAGAGAUUUGAAUAUGAUUAUAUCAGAGAUUUAAUCUACAAAAUUAAUGACAGAUAUGAAUUCCCACUUGAAAUUGAUUUAGGAAAGUACCUAAGCGAAGAUUCCGAGCAAAAGAAGGAAGAUAAUACCUAUGUUUUAUUCUCGGUUCUUGUACAUAGUGGUGAUGUUUCUGGAGGUCACUAUUACAACUUUGCUAGACCAUACAUUAAUGAAGAUAGGUGGUUCAAGUUUGAUGAUGAAAAAGUCUAUGAGGUCAAUGAAAGUCUCGCAGUUCAAGACAAUUAUGGUGGAGAAGCAAAGAAGAGUAAGAUGUUUUGGUUGUCAUCAAAUCCUAACUCUGUCUACAAAAAGUUUACAAAUGCUUACAUGUUGCUUUAUAUUAGAAAAUCUGCUAUUUCUAACAUGAUUGCUCCAGUUGAAGUUGAUGAAAUUCCAUCUCAUUUGGAAGAAAGAUUCCAAAAGGAUAGAGAUGAAAGAGAAAGAAAAAAGAGAGAAAAACUUGAAGCAGCCAAGUAUUGCAACAUUAAGAUUGUUACUGAUGAUGAUAUCAAAAAAUCUGUUGAAAAGACUGGAUCCGGUUUGGUUGAAUUUGAAGAUGUGGAACCUAUCAAAUUCUUAAGAGAAGGUACUUUUGCAGAAUUGAAAGAGCAAAUUGAAACUCUUUAUGGUAUCAAGGCUGAACAACAAAGAUUUUGGAAGUGGCAAAAGAGACAAAAUCAUACUCUCCGUCCAGAUGCUAUUAUAAAACCAGCCGAUGAUGCUUCUACUAUUGAGAGAAAGUAUCCAUAUGUUAAGCAUCAACAAGCUCCUCCUGUAGAAUUAUACCUUGAAGUGUCAAAACAAACUUACUCUUAUCAAAAGGAUGAUGAGGAAUGUGUUGUUCACUUCCCAGAACCAGCACAAAGAUAUAUUCUCUUAUUUAUCAAGGAAUAUAAUCCAGAGGAAAGAAAAUUGAACUUUGUUGGUACUGUAUAUGCUGAUAUGUUGAGUGAAGUCUCUGAAGUUAUCCCAUCCAUUAAAGCCCUCAUUGGUGCUGAUGAAGAUGAUGAUAUUCAUAUUGUUGAAGAAAUCAAACCAAAGAUGAUUGAUGAUGUUAGAAUUGAUCAAAGCUUUAAGGAUGCUCAACUCCAAAGUGGAGAUAUUCUUGCCGUUCAAAGAGUUCCAAAGGGAACUGACUUAUCUAAAUAUCCAAUUCCAACAGCAAAGAGUUAUUACGACUAUUUGAAUAACCGUGUUUCUGUUGAAAUUAGAAAAUUGGAAGAUCCUUUAAAGAAUGUUGCAGUUGUCGAACUUUUGAAGAAUAUGGAAUACAAGGAGCUUACUGACAAGCUAGGUUCUGCUCUUGAAGUUGAUGGAAAUUUCCUUCGAUUGACUGGUCACCAUCCUUAUAGUGAAGGACCUUUGGAGCAACCAUUUAAGAGUAACUCAGGCUCUACUUUGAAGGAUAUGAUCAACAUUGGUCAAACCCCUCAAAAGAUAUUGUAUUAUGAAAUUUUAGAUGAACCAAUAUUUAAUGUCGAAAAUAAGAAAGAAUUGAUUGUGACAUGGAUGAACUCUAAAUGCCAAGAUGUAGAAAAGUUCAAAUUCCUUCUCUACCCUGACCAAAAGGUCAAUGAUUUGAAGCAAUUGAUUGAAGCCAAGGUCAAUGGACGUAGAGAAAUUGAGAACUCUACAAUUGUUAUUUCUCAAAUUUCUAAUUUCAAGAUUAGCAAACUUUUAACGGGAGAAGAACUCAUCAAAACUCUUGCUACCAACAAGGGAGAAACUAUUCGUGCAGAAGAAAUUCUAAAUGAGGAGCUGUCUAUUAUCACUUCAUCACAUAAUCUGACAGAAAACACACGUAUCUUACAAGUUCAACAUAUUUGUAAGGAAACCACAGGUUAUCGUUUGUUUGGUAAUCCAAGCGUUCUUGUUGUCAAGACUGAAGAAACUUUAGGAGAUGUCAAGAAGAGACUCCAAGAUAAAUUGCAAGUCAGAGACAUUGACUAUAAGAGAUACAAGUUCUACUUUAUUGUAAACAUGAAGAUCAAGGAUGCUUUGGAAGAUGAUUCUCUAUUGUUCUGUGAAUUAUUCGACAAGGAAAAACAAUCAACCAACGUUGAUGUUGUACUUGCUUUGGAACACAAGGAUCCAACACCAAAAGCCAGAUGGUAUGAAAAGCCAAUUGUUAUCAAGAAUUAAAUAAAUUAUUAUUCUCACAA